AUGGUCUUCACGGUCCUCUAUGUAGCGUGCGCCUGUUUCUUCUGGACCAUUGAGGCACAGAUGCAGGAGAAUAGACCAGACCUUGGUCAGUACCAGGACUUUGCAAGCUGCCCUGAUUACUACGGCCCGUGGUACCACUUGUACCGGAAUUACGAAACUGAUCCGGAACUGGGACCCAACGUCAAAUGUUACUCGACACGCCAAGUAGAACCCAUUGUGAACGGCAGAACAGCGUUCAAUACAACCUACAUUAAGGAUGGCGUGCGGAAUUAUAUGUUCCUCCCUUCCGAACUGAGGUCGACGACCGGUUAUACUGUUGCCAACGUCCUGUACAUGACGCCACCCUGUUUUGCUCCCACCACUCGUAUUGCUGUAUAUAUUGAGUGCGGGGCAUGUAUGCUGCUCAGGACAGAGGACAGAGAUGGUUAUGGAUGCCAUUUUUUCGUGACCGAUCCAUAUAACCUGGACCGUGGCUGCGCGUACGCCUACGACUCGAAGUGCGGCCCUGAGAAGUACACGUACUACGAUCCGAACGAGUGCGCACCUUGA